AUGGACGAGAGAUGUUUGGGUGCGAUGGACGUUGACAGUUGGGAGCUGUUGGAUGCGAAGAAGAGUCCAUUGGCAUUGUUGGCACAAACUUGCAGCCAAAUUGGCGCCGAAAACGGUUCUUUGGGCGUGAAAACAUCCGGAGAAAAACGCGGAAGGGCUGAUGAUGAUGACGCAUCAUAUGGCAAACUUGGCAACAAAUCUCCUUCCCUGUGUGUCUCUGAUCACACCAAGCAUAAGUUGAGCAAGAGUGAUGAUGGACUCAAGCACAAGUCCUUGUCUGAAGUGCCUGUGUCCAACAACAGCAGCAGUUCAUCUCCUGCGCAGACUGUUCAUCCAAUCAUCAGGUCAGGAGUGGAAGUGUUACAAGGACAGAUGGCAGCAGCUGCAGCAAGUCAUGGCUUUGGAUCAUACCCAUUUGCCCAGUCACAAAUGUAUGCACAAAGUCAAGCACAAGGCUACCCAAGUUUGGGAUAUGACCCUGCUGCACUCUUGAGGUCUGCACCUUUCUACUACCCACACUUGUUUGGUGGUGGAGCUGCAGCAGCAGCAGCUGUGAACAACCAUGCAGCAGCCCUGGCCAAUGCCUACAGGCCCUACAUGACUGUGCACCAUCAGUUGAGCAACUGCAGGGACCCCUUUUGUGUGGGACAGUGUCAGCAGACUGUGCCGAGUCCUGUCAUGCCUUCAACUUUCACGGAGCCUGGCCCAACGGUCGUGACACUAGUUGACAAGCCCCCGUACGUGUGCAACUGGAUCGCAGGUGGUGAAGCCUACUGCGGCAAGCGGUUUUCAACUUCAGAAGAACUCCUGGCCCAUCUGCGCACUCACACAUCCUCUUCUUCUUCUGCAUCCGUCAUGGCUGCUGCCCAGUCUUCACCAGUGUUGUCGCAGCAACCACAGCCUGUAACCACAAGAUACCAUCCAUACAAGCCUGCGCACUUCAUGCCACCUCCUCCUGCACCAGUGGCGCCACCUGUGUCUGCAGCAGCCGCGGCUGCUGCAGCAGCUGCAGCUUAUUACUCCCCCUACAGUGCACUGUAUGCCGCAGCUGCUGCAUCACGGAUUGGCCUGUGA